UUCAACAACAAGGCAACUCAAAGUGCUUUUAGUCAAUCAACAGCAGCUCUAAAAAAACAGACAGAUGUUCAGGGAAUUAGCUUAUAUUUUUAAAUCCUUAACAUAUUUAAUGAAGUAAGUGCUUUUAAAAUUGCAGUUUUCUCUGAAGGGCAUGCAUCAACAGUCAAAACCUUUUAUGUAAAUUAUGCAUUAACUAUUGAACAGUAACAUACAGCCUCCCGUUUGUACAAAGCUCAAACAGCAUGACAUUUACAUAUAUUUAAACAAUAUAAACAUUAUCAUCUUAAUGCAAUAACUGCACCAACUAUCUACUUCCUUUUUUCACCUUUUCUUAGUUUUGCUUUUUCCCUUGAGUGUGCGAAAGUCUCUCAAAUUUGCACUUGUAUGUUUGAAAAUAAUACAUUAUAUCUUUAUGCUAUACAUGUUUUAUUAUAUUUUUAUGUAAACCUAAAAAUAUUUUUAUUUUCCUGCUAUUACUUUGUAUAUUAUCUUAAUGAAUAAAAUUUCAAUUUCAAUUAAAAAAAAUGUUUUCUACCCACUUCCAUACUAUGUCACACAAUAGGAGGGAAAAAAAGCUAAAGGAAACUACUUUAAAACAACUCCAUGUUUGAAGAUUUAUUACUAAACUCAAAAUGAUGUCAAGGGGAAAAAAACAUUUCUUAAUUUUUUUUUCUGGAAUCCUUAUAAAGGCGUUUCAAUUGUCAAAUUUUAGCCUAAUACAGCUUAAUCCUUUAUCAGGAUUAAGCUAAAGAUAUUGACAUCACAUUCAUAAAAAUAUGGAUAAAUGAGGUAAUGUGAUAAAUGUCAGGAGCCUGGAGGGAAAGCAGGCCGACAUGAACUCUCACACAGCUGCCGCUUUCUGCCUUUCUGUCAACAAUGUUAACAGGAGUUAACAGUAUUUCCCCAGCGCCUGUUUUUAAUUCAGCCGCAGAGGCUCCAGUUAAUCCAGCAGCAGCAGCAGCAGCAGACUGGCUCAUUGAGAGGAAAAGAUGCGACACACGGACAGGAGAAAGAAGAUGCGAAGCAGACCAGCCAGCGGCUGUGGGGAGAAUCUCUACAUGGCCAGCUUCAAGAAUGUCUGGUCCAACGCCAUCCAGGCCUGGUACAAUGAGGUGGCCGACUUCCGCUACGGAGUCAGAUCCAUCAACGGAGGAGCGGUGGGACACUAUUCACAGGUUAUUUGGGCCACCUCUAAAAAUAUUGGCUGAGCUAUGGCCUACUGCCCCAACUCCACAUACAAAUACUUCUACGUUUGCCACUACUGCCCACCAGGAAACUACAAUUUGACUAAUCCCUACAAGUCAGGAACAUCCUGCGGUGACUGUCCCAGCGCCUGUGACAGCAAACUCUGCAGUAAGUACAAAAAUACAUGCUGAGGAUGUUGAUGGAGGUAUAUAUGUAGCAAACUAUUUGUGCCAUAGAUGUUUUUUUAACCAUAAUAACAAGAAAUAUUUUUAUAAAAUGCAGAAUUUAUUGUUUAAUUUUUUGCUGUUUUUUCGGGGGCGGGGAGGGUUGCAGCCAAACUGUAAUGACCAACAAAGCAGCUGUCCAAAGCCUCAGCAGCAGUGGGGCUGCAGCCACAGCGAUGUGGCCUCCUGGAGUCCCACCUCCUGCAGAUGCACCACUCAGAUUAUUUUAAAGUCACACGCACUCUGACUCACCCGCCAGUUUCAAUAAAGACACUCGCUGCAUAAAUCUGCGUUGUUAUUCUGCUGGUUAUUAACCCAGCAUAAAAGGUGAGACCUAUUUGUGCUACAGACGGAAGUAGAAGGGUCUGGUUCGUAACUCCUGUCUGUUGGAGCUGCUCAGUAAUUAGCAAAGGUCAAAGGGGAAAUGUGCUUUGGCACAGUAACCAUUUGAACAAACACAGCCUGCAGGGGCAGGUAUCCUUUGACAAUUUGUGAGGUGCAAACUCACAGAGAGGAAGGACAGCAGAUAUGACCGGGUUAUUUCACAGAGGUGGGGAGGAAAGAAAAACAAAGCUGGAUACAGUCUGUUAUUGAGACCACUUGUUACCUCAAAAUGUGUAAAUUAAGUAUCCUCUUCAAAAAUGGAGGAAAAUAAAACUUCUAAUUCAAGUACAUUUAAUUAAUGAGGGAAUUAUUUUACUGACAAAAUCAUUGGAAACAAUGCCACUCUUUUGUCUCUUUCAGCAACAAGCAAAUCUCAAGUUCCCUCUCCGCAUUUUAAUUGUUUUCAUUCUCAUUCAUGAAAUAAUCCAUCCAAACUUCAA